AGUAAAUAAAGAACGGACAAAGUUAACUAUAGACUAAAUUGUCGCUACUUGAAUUAUGUAUUGUUUACAGUUCUGUUUUUUGAUAAUUGUUACAGUUGUCACAUUUUGUUAUGUUUCAUCAGCUGUAGGAAUAAUAUCUGUCACUCUAAAUUCAACACAAGAUCAAAACUGUACUAACUGUCUGAGAGGCUGUAACACGCUGUCUGGUCGAUGUGAAGGUUCCUGUAUGAAUGGCUUCUUUGGCGACUCUUGUAAUGAAACUUGUGUUCCCAACUGUUUACGAUGCAACAGAACAUCAGGGGAAUGUGAACGUUGUAAAGACGGGUUUUAUGGGGGAAGAUGUCAGUCAAACUGUUCGUCUACGUGUAGGUACGACUGUGAUCAGGAAGGAGUAUGUUUUGGGUGUCUGGAUGAAUAUUUUGGUCCUCAAUGCCAAUACAAGUGUUCCACAAACUGCUCUCUCGGUUGUGAACGUGAUACGGGUUCUUGUGCCUACGGUUGUGUCAAUGGUUUGUGGGGAGAUUUCUGUAACAACAGCUGUCCUGUUAAUUGUGGCUCGUCCUCGUGUCACCAAAGACGCGGCUCUUGUUGGACUUGCAAAUCAGGAUAUGGCGGGAAUCAAUGUUCCACUAAGUGUACAGAUGAACACUGCUCGCUUUGUACCUAUGAUAUCACUUCCUGUAGCAAGUGUCUCGAUGGCUGGUAUGGUAAACAUUGCGAGAAGAACUGUCCCACAUCACAUUGCCGAACACAAUCUUGUGACAAAAAAUCCGGGAAAUGCGGCUCGUGUGAGAGUGGGUGGUUUGGGGAGUAUUGUGAAAACAAGUGUAUUAAGAACUGCGAUCGUUGUUCCGAUACAACAACAUGUGAUGUUUGUAAAGCUGGUUUUUACGGGUAUUCUUGUCAGCUUUCAUGUCCCACUAAAUGCAAAAAUUGUGAAAGGGAUGGAGAAUGUAAAACUUGUAUAGAUGGGUUUAAAGGAAGAGAUUGUAUGUGUGAAGUUUCGGAGUGUUCGAAUGUAACAAAUAAUAAAUGUACUCAGUGUAAAAACGAAACAUCAUGGUUUCUUUUUGAGGAUGCCUGUUGUCCUUGUAGUGAACAUUGCAACCAAACCUCUGAUCAGGGCAUUUGUCACGCUGAAAACGGAAAUUGUAUUAAUGGUUGCCAGGACGAUUAUAUAGGGGACCAAUGCUUCGACACUUGUAGUGAAAACUGUCUCAAGGGAAACCAAACCACUUGCAACAGUACAACAGGAACCUGUCAAAAUGGCUGCCUUCCAGGAUGGUUCAUGUCCAAGUGUGACUUCAAUUGUUCGUAUAAUUUCCCACAUUGCCUGGAGUGCAAGGAGUAUAACUAUUCUCCGGUAGACCACUUUGUCCUGUGUUACAGAUGUGGACCGGGGUAUUAUCGCGAUUUUCUAUCCGGUUUCUGUAAACCUUGCUAUAACUGUUUAAAUGAUUCUUGUGACGGAGUUACCGGACUUUGUACCUAUGGUUGUCAAGACGGUUGGUAUUCAUUGUCCGGCGUCCAUUACCAGUGCCAGUUUCGCUGUAGUGAAAACUGUCUGGAGCAGAAGUGCAAUAGCUCGGGUGGUCAGUGUUUGGACGGCUGUAAUCACGGCUAUUACAGUUCAUACUGUCAGGUGUCUUGUCCGCGUAACUGUAAAAAUAACACCUGUUACUGGGAGACUGGGAACUGCACGCUCGGCUGCACUCCGGGAACGUACGGCUAUCACUGCUUCCUUCCCUGUUCGUCACGCUGCAGUGACUUGGGAUGUGAUAAAGAGACAGGAAGAUGCCUUGAAUGUAAACCUGGUAGAUAUGGAGAGAAGUGCGAGAAGGAGUGCCCCGGAUGUUUGCUGGGAGAUUGUGAUCGGACUAGUGGAGAAUGCAGACAACACAAGUGCCAGCCCAAAUUGUACGGUCCAUACUGCAAUACUAGCUGUGUAGAUUCUUGUCUGAUCUGUGAUGAACAGUCUGGACAUUGCAGCCAAUGUGUAACCAACAGAACCGGAAGUAAAUGCGAGAAAACGUGUGGGGAACGUUGUCUUCAUGGUAACUGCGUUCAUGGCGCAUGCGCAAAUGGGUGCAUGAGUGGAUAUUUUGGCAAAUUGUGCUCGGAGGCUUGUAACUCUACAUGCAAGGCAGAUGUUUGUGAUUUUAAGUCGGGGAUUUGCACAGACGGAUGUGUAAGUGGGUGGGAUGGAGCAUUUUGUGAAGUUAAUAUGGCAGCCAAGUCGCGGGCUGGAGAAUCCAAUAAGUCCAAAUACUCGACAGGGGAGUUAAUUCUGAUUGUACUUGGGUCAAUAGCCGGGGUGAUCAUUAUUGUCGUACUGAGCUGUCUACUGCACAGCCACAGAAGAAAUAUAAACAUGGGAUGUUACACGAGGUAUGAAGAGGCUGUGAGCAAACUCUUUGCCAAAUACGGGGCCAUCGUUUCCAAAUAUCCCUGGCCAGUUCUAAUCUGCUCUAUAUCAGCGAAUCUGCUUCUGGGGGUCGGUUUGUUACGCUUACAGAGUGAGGGCAGCACAGAAGUGCUGUAUACACCCUUAAACAGUCAGGCCAGCAUUGACCGGGACAGGGCUAGAAGUUUAUUUGAGAUGAAUUAUAGAGAAAAUUUCGAUCCUCUGGCACAAAUUGAAGUUAAUUCUCCAACAGAAAUCCUUUUUCGAACCAAGUUAGGUGAAAAUAUCCUUCAAAAAAGGUAUAUAGACGAAAUAAAAGAUAUUGAUAACUUUAUACAAAAUUCUAUUUCUGUCAUGUCAAAUGUAACUCUAAUUGACGUGUGUGCCAAAAGCAAAGGAUCUUGCUUGGUAUCGGGUGAACAAAUUAUCACUGAAACAUUUCUAACUGCAUUCAACAAAGGACGGGUUUCUUUCCCAGUGUAUGAGAGAAGCGACAUUUCCCGGAGACUGGGCGAAGUGCGUCACGUGAACAGAACUUUGCUAUCUGCCGGUUUGGUCCGUCUGCAGUACUCUCUCCUCUAUAACAACGAAACAGCUAAACUAUGGGAGAGAGAAUUUAUUUCAAAAAUGAAAACCUAUGAAUCAUCAAUUCUGGAUAUCGCGAUAUCAACGUCCCAGUCACUGGAUAUUGAACUCGACAAUAACGUCUCGGGAGAUAUCCUUUGGAUAUCACUCACCUUUACAAUUAUGCUAACCUAUGCGUCACUUGCAACAACUGGUACACGGAUCAACUGUAUCGCAGAUCGCUCGAAUUUGGGUCGAGCAGGUGUUCUGGCUACAGUGCUGGCAAUCCUGGGUUCUUUUGGACUGACAUCAGCCGCUGGGGUGGAGUAUGUGUCUCUAGUGGGUGUCAUGCCUUUCCUUAUCGUAGGUAUCGGGUUAGACGACGUGUUUAUUUUACUCUCCGGUCUGGCAGAUGCACCACUCACCGGAAGUGACGGAACACCUACAACCAUCCAGCAACGGAUUUCAUUUGCCAUGGCAACCAGCGGUGUCUCCAUUUCUAUCACGUCGUUGACAGAUUUUCUAGCCUUUGGCAUAGGAUCCAGCUCAAGCUUUGUUAGCAUAAGGAAUUUUUCAAUAUAUACAGGAGUCGCCGUGUGUUUCUGUUACAUAAAUCAGCUGACUUUGUUCGUGCCGUGUAUGGUUAUCAACGAACGACGAGCCGACAAAUCACGACACGCCUUCACUUGUUUGAAAACGAAAUCCAAAGAAGAGCUGAAAGAGGAAGGGCGAUCCACCCUGUACCAGUGCUGUUGUGCUGGGAGACCCGCUGACACUCCGGAAGAUUACAGCAACUUCAUUCAGAAAUACCCAACCAAGUUUUGUCAAUUCUUAGUGGGUAAUUUUGUCGGAAAGAUUUUCAUUUUGUUAGUGUUUAUUACGUAUUUAGGGUUCUCCAUAUAUGGAUGUUUGAAUCUUAAGCAAGGUCUUGAAUUACAAAAUCUUGUUUCAGAAAAGUCCUACUUGUACAAGUUUAAUGUUUGGAACAAGCAGUAUUUUGACGAUGUGACGCCAGUUUCGUUCAAUUUUGACAAAACACUGAAUUAUCAUACACAGGAAGUUCAAAACGAAAUGGCUUCUUAUAUUAAAAAGGUAAAGGACAAUGUUUACAUUUCCCCUCAUUUUGACAGAUUCUGGUUAGAUGUCUACUCUCAGUCUAGUCUGUUUAAUAAUUCUUCCAAAACAAGCUUCAUUAAUGGUCUUAAACAGUUUAUGCAGUAUCGCCCAGACCUCUCUAACGAUGUAGCAUUUGAUAGUUCGGAAACCUCUAUUAUUGCUUCCCGAUUUCACGUUAUGUCAGAGCCUAUGUUAAGUACCACAGACAGUGGAAACUUGAUGCAAAAUGUAAGAGAACUGGCAUCCGAGUGUAAAUUCUCAGUCUUUGCGUACACCCCUGGGUUUAUUUUUUAUGAACAGUAUGUAGAGAUAUUUCCAGCCACCAUGCAGACUCUAGGCAUCGCUGUUGCGGUCAUGAUGGUGGUAACAACCAUAUUUAUGCCAAAUAUAUUCCUUGUUGUCAUAGUAACCGUAACCUUGGUAAUCAUCCUGUUAGGGAUCGUGGGUUUUAUGCACUUCUUAGACCUGACCUUGAGUUCUAUUACAAUGAUUGAUCUUAUUAUGACUGUUGGAUUUUCGGUCGAUUUCAGCGCCCACAUCUGCCAUGCCUACAUGUCUGUUUCGGGCAAUACAAGGAAGGAAAAGGUCCAUCAGGCACUGUCUCGGUCUGGGGGUCCAAUAUUCAAUUCUGCUUUCUCGUCCAUCUUGGGAAUACUCAUGUUGAUAUUUUCCAAAAGUUACAUUUUCUUGUCUUUCUUUAAGCUUAUGCUAAUAGUGAUGAUUUUUGGUCUGUUUCACGCCCUAUGGGUUUUACCUCUUUUCCUGUCAAUUAUCGGUCCCAUGAUGCAUAGCGAAUCUGGAAAUGACGAAGAAAAAUCGAAAGAUGAUAAAGUCAAGAUCAAACUGGAUGAAAAGAACAACCUUCCGCUUAAACAAGUAGAAGAAGGUUCCAAGGAAGAUAAAGAGUUAGGAAUGUCUCCUCCCGAUGAGCAGCCGACAGAAUCGGAGAAGGCCUCCUCUGAAAAGGGUUUCGACAUCGAGACCAAAGUAAACGACACCACUGGGGAUCUAGAAAAUACUGGAAACAAUGUGGUGUCGAUCAGUAUAAAGCUGUGAUUUUCUCCUGUGCCUUAUUAAAACAAUGUUUAGAAAUGACCAAAUGAACGAUUUAACCCAACCCCCUCUUUCU